AUGCAUUUUGAGUAGGGAGGCCUCGGGCUGUAUGAAGCAUACUUUGCCUCACCUUUGACCCUGUGCGCGCCAUGUGGCCGCUCUGUAUACAGGAACGCUCGCCUUCGUUUACCGUAGGACAAAAUGACCACGAUUCCUUUUUUCCGCUCCUACCCUCUCUUUUUUCCACACUUCAGUUAAUAAAUAUACAUAAAAAAUGGACGGUGAAGAAGUUGCUGCUUUGGUUAUCGACAACGGUUCCGGUAUGUGCAAAGCCGGUUUCGCCGGUGAUGACGCACCCCGUGCUGUUUUCCCAUCUAUCGUUGGUAGACCAAGACAUCAAGGUAUCAUGGUCGGCAUGGGCCAAAAAGACUCUUACGUCGGUGAUGAGGCACAAUCUAAGAGAGGUAUCUUGACCUUGAGAUACCCUAUCGAGCACGGUAUUGUCAACAACUGGGACGAUAUGGAAAAGAUCUGGCACCACACCUUUUACAACGAGUUGAGAGUUGCCCCAGAGGAGCACCCAGUCUUGUUGACCGAGGCUCCAAUGAACCCCAAGUCUAACAGAGAGAAGAUGACCCAAAUCAUGUUCGAGACUUUCAACGUUCCAGCUUUCUAUGUGUCUAUCCAAGCUGUGUUGUCUUUGUACUCUUCCGGUAGAACCACUGGUAUUGUUUUGGACUCUGGUGAUGGUGUUACUCACUUGGUUCCAAUCUACGCUGGUUUCUCUAUGCCCCACGGUAUCUUGAGAUUGAACUUGGCUGGUAGAGACUUGACCGACUACUUGAUGAAGAUCUUGUCUGAGCGUGGCUACACUUUCUCGACUACCGCCGAGAGAGAAAUUGUCCGUGACAUUAAGGAGAAGUUGUGUUACGUUGCCUUGGACUUCGAGCAAGAGAUGCAAACCUCCUCUCAAUCCUCUGCUAUUGAGAAAUCCUACGAAUUGCCAGAUGGACAAGUCAUCACCAUUGGUAACGAGAGAUUUAGAGCUGCUGAGGCUUUGUUCCGUCCAACAGACUUGGGAUUGGAGGCCGUUGGUAUUGACCAAACCACUUACAACUCUAUCAUCAAGUGUGACGUCGAUGUCAGAAAGGAGUUGUACGGUAACAUUGUCAUGUCUGGUGGUACUACUUUGUUCCCAGGUAUUGCUGAGCGUAUGCAAAAGGAAAUCACUGCUUUGGCUCCUUCUUCUAUGAAGGUCAAGAUCAUUGCUCCACCAGAGAGAAAAUACUCUGUCUGGAUUGGUGGUUCUAUUUUGGCCUCUUUGUCCACUUUCCAGCAAAUGUGGAUCUCGAAGCAGGAGUACGACGAGUCUGGACCAACUAUUGUUCACCACAAGUGUUUCUAAGAGCACUUGUGUCUUUAGUUGCACAUGCCGUAUUCUUGCAAAUCUAGUGCUAUUCCUUCCACUAAAAGUAUAUUCUUCUAUCUAGUUAGAGUU